CCGAACCAUCGCGAAUUUUACCGAAUCGAUGCUUCGGGAUCAGGAUCGGUAUAACAUAAAAUCUCAUACCGAACCGCAAUAUUUUGUAUAUUAUCAGGAGGAGUCACGGAGGACCAAGCUGGUAAGCCUGGUUCCCUGGUCAACCCUUCACCCCGCCACCACCUACGCCAUUUUCCCCUUCAUGGAAAAGCCCUAAGCAUCACACCUAUAUUCAUACCUUACGUUGCAGUCCAUACAAUUCCUUAAUACGCAUUGAUUGAAAUUAAACUGUUCGUAAUUUGAAUCUUUUCAAUUCAAUUUCCAUUUCCCGGUAGGCUUCGGAUGGCUUCAGAGAUCGAGGUAGUUGAGGAGGUGGGAGUCAGAGAUCAAGAAUCUGCGGCGUCAACGUCGGCCGUUUCUGGCUCGGUGGUUGAUGAGGAGAGCUUGAGGAACGACGUGUACACGGCUGCAGCCUAUGGGGACAUGGAAAAGCUGCAUAGAUUAGUCGAGCGCGAGGGUUGCUCGGUUUCUGAGCCAGAUAGUCUUGGUUACUAUGCCCUCCAGUGGGCCGCUCUCAACAACCACGUUGCUGCCGCACAAUACAUUAUUGAGCAUGGAGGAGAUGUUAAUGCUGCAGAUCAUACUGGACAAACGGCUCUACACUGGAGUGCCGUUCGGGGAGCAAUCCAGGUUGCCGAGGUCUUACUCCAAGAGGGUGCUCGAUUGAAUGCAGCUUCUAUGUGUGGGUAUCAGGCAACACAUGUAGCUGCUCAGUAUGGUCAGACAGCAUUUCUUUAUUAUAUAGUUACAAAAUGGAAUGCAGAUCCUGACGUUCCUGACAAUGAUGGGAGAAGUCCAUUACACUG